AUGGUAAUAAUAAUAAUAAUAAGCUUUGUAAGCAUAUUAUUGCCAUUGUGCAUAGUAACUGCGGUACAAGAGUCUCCAGAAGAGUACUUGAAAGGCCAUAAUGAUGCACGAGCAAGUGUUGGAGUUCCUCCACUGAAGUGGGAUGUGAAAUUAGCAAAAGAAGCUCAAAAGCUUUUGAAUACAUUGACCCAAAAUUGUUUUAAGGGGAACCUUGAGCCAAUCCCAGACCCUUACUAUGGCCAGAAUGUUGUGUGGAAUAUGGCAUCCGAUCACUUUACGGGAGCAAAUGCGGUGGCAAAGUGGGUUGCCCAUAAAAAGUACUACGACCAUAAAUCUAAUUCGUGCAUUGGUGGUGAUUGUAAAUGCUACAUUCAGGUUGUUUGGAGCAACACUACUCAUGUUGGGUGUGCUCGUGUUAAGUGUGAUAAAUGCCAAAGGAGAUGCACCCUUGUUCUUUGUCUUUAUAGUCCUCCAGGAAACGUUCAUGGUGUACGUCCUUACUAG